UUGCGAACUUACUCAGAGUUUCAGGGAGAAAAAACACUCAAAGAUCAUCUACCAACGCUCGUCUAUCACAACAGUUCAGCGCCUGCACCCAUUGGAUACACUGCGAAGUGUAUCAUAGAUCCUAAAAAAGUUUUUCUGAUGUGGGUACAUCAUGUGGAAAUAUAUUUCCCUGGCUACGGUGGACAUGAAGUCCCUAUAAAUGAAGGGAUAAUCAGGCACUACCGAGACAUCAUGUCAGGCGAUUGGUACAAGCAUUAUUUACCAGACGUGGAAAAAUUUGGACCGUUCAAGAUGACCGUGUAUCCCCCGUCACUUAUGGAACCACUGUAUCGAAAUGUGAAGAGGAAACUCAAUUUAGCAUACAUUAAUAAUUAA